GUAGAAAUUUUUUCUCAAAUAUAUUGGACUAUGAUGGAGAAGAUGAAAUUGAUGAUAAUUUAUCUAGUGAUGAAAGUGAUUAUCCGAGGGAAGAUGAAGUGGAGGAUGAAGGAAACGAAACUGAUGUCAGUUUUCCGGAAUCGGAUCAAUUAAGUGUUUAUUCGCAAAGCAGUUAUAGCACAAUAUCUAGUACAACUCCUGCUAAAAGAAAGUGGUGUAAAAGAGCAUCUACUCCGAUUUUUUUGCAAGAGCGAGAAUUCCCGGAGCUUGUUUUACCAAAAUCCAGUGAUGAUUUAUUAAUAUGUAGGGAGAAUCUUAUGCAAGCGUUGGGUGUUUAUGAAGUUCUGCGGCAUUUCAGAAAUAUUUUAAGACUCACACCAUUUGUAUUUGAAGAAUUUUGCGCUGCACUUUCGUCUUCAGACCAAACUGCUCUUCUGUCAGAGGUGCACAUUAUGCUGUUGAAAGCAAUUUUGAGGGAGGAGGAAGCACAGGGCACAAUGUUUGCCCCUCUCGAUAUGAGAGAUACAGUAAAUAUUCAUUUUUACUUAAUUGACAGCAUGACUUGGCCUGCUGUCCUUCAGAUGUACCUGCAGAGCGACCCCGAUUACAAAGAUGUUUUGAAUGUUGUCAAAAGCUGCGAAUAUCCUUUCACUGGAGUUGAAAAUCGGUUGAUUGUUUUGGAAUUUUUAUGUGAUAAUUUUCUAACCACCUCUCCUGCAAGAGACGAUUUAAUCAGUGAGGGAAUGAUAUACCACGAUGACCACUGCCGAGUGUGUCACAAACUCGGCGAUUUGUUAUGUUGUGAAACUUGUCCAGCUGUUUACCAUUUAGCGUGCCUUGAUCCCCCAUUGCAAGAUGUUCCAUCUGAAGACUGGAUAUGUGUCAUCUGUAAAUCAAAUCAAGUUCCUGGAGUCACUGAUUGUAUAUCGGAAAUCGAAAAGAACAUGCUGUUGAGUCGUCAAGAGUAUUUAGGGUUGGACAGAUGUGGAAGAAAAUAUUGGUUUCUUUGCAGGAGGAUAGUUGUGGAGGGUGAUGAUGGUGCAUAUUACUACACUACCAAGCUUCAACUUCAAGAGCUCCUUGAAGUCCUAGAUUCAUCAGACUUGGAAUAUGAUUUGUAUCGGGUCAUAGAAGAUAUAAAGGAAGAAAUUACUCGGCAGAUGGAUUUAACUGAAAAGUUGACCAACAGUGCUAAAGGAAAUAAAAAGUCAUACUUAGAAAUUGAAAAUGCUGCCUUAGCUAAGAUUCAAAGUGAAAGAGCUAUUCAAAGAGCUAAAGAGGCAGAAGAGAGGCGCAGGGAGGCUGAGAGAGAAGCAGCAAUGUUGGGUGCUAAUAUAGAAUGA